AUGAAGAUCGAAACUUGUGUGUAUUCUGGAUACAAGAUCCACCCUGGACAUGGAAAGCGCGUCGUCCGCCCAGAUGGCAAGGUUUUUUUACUCUACUUUUCCUUGUAUGAUUUCUAAAAAAAAGAUUUCGUUGAGUUUGUUCUGAAUUAUUGAGCCGUUUUUAUGCCGUGCUCAAAGUAAUUUCGGCAAUUUCAAAAUAGACUCGUUAUUUGUUUAAAAUGAUUUCGGAAAAUAGGUAUAAUUGGAAUUCCGGAAAGGGGCACAAAAAGUGAGUGUAAACGAAUUUUUUACGGUGACUUUUACGCGCGAAUUUGAAAUUUCAGUAGAAAAUGCCUAAAUAACUCCAAAAUUUUGAGUUCCCGCGCAGAAGUUACAGUAAAAAAUAGCAUAUAAAACGAUAUAUCGUUGUAGGACUUACUUUUUCCGCGACUUCCCGGAAUACCAAUUCCGCCUAUUCCCCGAAAUAAUUUUAUUUUUUUUUUGGUAGCGCUUAUCGGAUGUAUCGAGGCAUCUCUAGUGACCACUUUAGUAGCUUCAGAAUUCUUCAGGGAUCCCUAGAAAUGCCCAAAAAUGUCCGGAGCACAUUCUUUUCUUUACUAGUCUCCGAGUUAGGUUUAUAACAAAUUUAGCGCCUAAAAAUAAACCCUAGUCAUUUUUACUCGAAAAAUCUACGAAAAGGGCCUGAAACAGGCUCGAAAAGGAAUUUAAAAUGCUAAUAAGAAAGAACAUAAAAUUAUAAAGGAAUUUCAGAUGUUUUACUCUUUAGAAAGCAAAAUGAGGAAAGGUUCUCUGCGUGUUUGCCAACUGUUUUGACAUCACUUUUUUUUUCGAGAAAUUUUUGCCGUGUUCAAAGUAAUUUCCGCGAAAUGCAAAAUACCCGUUAGAGAAAGGAAAAGAUCACUAAAUUUUGGAGAGUCAGAGAUCAUUUUGCAUUUGGCGGAAAUUACUUUGAACACGGCAUUUAAAAAUGUUCCUUUUGCCUUGUUCAAAGUGAUUUCCGCGAAAUGCAAAAUCAUCUUUGGCACUCCUAACUGCAGUUAUCUUUUUUUUUCGGACGGCUAUCAUGGACUUCGUGGAAUCACUUUGAACACCUCACAUAUAACAUGAUUUGACCAAUUACAAGACGAAUAAACUGAUCUUGAUAAAAAAGUUAACUCUUGUCCGACAAAAAAAAAAAUGUCAUUUUACAUUUGGCUAUUAGGAAUUUUCUCGAAAGUUAUAAAUAUCCUUGAAGUCCCAAUCGGCAUAACUUCUUAGUUUUUGAAAAAAGGUCACGUCAAAGUCAACGACAUUUCUUAAACUCUUAUGCCGUGUUCAAAGUAAUUUCCGCGAAAUGCAAAAUGGUCUCUGACUCUCCAAAAAAUAGUUAUCUUUUCCAUUCUCUAACGGGUAUUUUGCAUUUCGCGGAAUCACUUUGAACACGGCAUUAAAAUAAGCUACAUUCGGGCUUUGAGAUUUCAUAUUCUCAGAAUAUAGGGAAUUGUGCAACUCAAAAUUUUGAAAUUACGAAAUUACUUGGGCAUUUUCUCCAAAACUUCGAACUAACGCCUAAAACUCCGUAAAAAAUUAGUAUAUUGCGAUAUAUCGUUCUAGGACCCGUUCUUUCUCAAGGCUUCCUGAAUACCAGUUCUGCCUAUUUCCCGAAGUCAUUUUGAACGAAUAACGCCUCAAUUUUGAAAUACUUGAAACCAUGCCGUGUUCAAUUUGAUUCCGCGAAAUGCAAAAUGAUCUCUGACUCUCCAAAAUUUAGUGACCUUUUCCUUUCUCUAACAGGUAUUUUGCAUUUCGCGGAAUCAAAUUGAACACGGCAUAAAAGAGAAUUUUUUCUGGGGCUAUCAAAAUUUGUUUCGGCCACCUUACAUAAAAUUCUCAACAGAAAAAUAGAAUGAUCCUCAAAUUAUGCAGGAGGUUUGAAAUUUUGAAAAAAAGUUUUUUGGAGGUGAAAAAGAAAACGGUUUUUUUUAUAACUGUUUAUUGCAUCUUUAAUGUAAUAAUACAUGUGCAAUCGACUUUCAUUUAUUUAACUGUGUUUAAACGGCGGCAGGAGCUGUGGCUUAGGCAUAAAGAAAACUAUAAAAAUAAAAUUUCCAAUGAAAAAGAAAAAGAAAAAAGAGUUUUGCGAAAAAUAAAUGAAUUGAAAAAUUGAAAAAUUGCUGCGUUCAAAGCACGCAUUGCUGCGUUCAAAGCUGAGUUGACGCGCGAACCAAAAAAAAUUUUUGGUUCAAAAGUGCGAGCCGAAUCGCAGCGAAACGCGGCAGAUUCUCAUGACGUGAUCGGUUGGCUCCGCUCAUCUGGCAAGAAAAGUAUUUUGAAAAUGAAUUUAUGUUAGAGAUUUGCCAAAAAGGCGGAGCCGUCCAAUUAAGCGGGCAAUCUGCUGCGCUUCGGCUCGAGCCGUUGCAACAGAAACACUUUUUUUCAGCGCGCAUCGAACUAGCCUUGAACGUGUCGUAUAUCUGGCCUCCGCUGACAGUACUAUGUAAAAAAAAAAAAUCUAUCAAGCCUCAUAAAAAUGUUUCAAGCCAAGUGUGCAAAGUAAUUUCCUCGUAGUGCAAAAUUCCAAAAUCCAGUAAUAUUUUUUUCUCUCCGACGGCUAUCACUUUGAACACGGCAGUACUCCCUUCUUUCAAAUUUGAUUAGCUUAUGCAUUGUUUCAAGUUAUUCCGCGAAGUUCAAAAAGGCUUUUUUUCCUUAAUCUACGAAGCGAAAAAAAAAUAUCAGAGGAUCAGAGAUAUUUUCAAAUCUUGCGAAAAUUACUUUAACACAACUUAAAAAUCUUAAUGAUGUAAGAAAAUCUCAAAUUAGUAUUAGGCCAUGCAAUAUAUCUUCUAAACACUUCAUCUUUCUUUUUUUAUUGAACAAAAUGUGCUGAUUUCUAGUUUUUUUUUUUCUUUUAAUUUCUUCUUACUAUCAAUUAUUGUUUUUUUAAAAUUUUAACUUUCAGGUGCAAAUUUUCCUGAACAAUAAGGCUGUGCGAGGUGCCAAGCUUCGUCGUAAUCCUCGUGAUAUUCGCUGGACCGUUCUGUACAGAAUUAAAAACAAGAAGGUUAAUGGAGAAUGAUGACUUAUUUGAGUAUAUAAUUAAUUUAGGGCUCUCACGGACAAGAGAGUGUUCAAAAGAAGAGGACCAAGAAGACUGUUCAAGUCGUCAAUCGUGCUGUCGCUGGAAUGACUCUUGAAGCUAUUCUUGCCAAGAGAAAUCAGACAGAAGAUUUCCGACGACAGCAGCGCGAACAAGCGACGAAGGCUGCUAAGGACGCUAACCGUGCUGCACGAGCCGCCAAACAGUCUGCCAACAAGGUUUCAGUUGCAUAUAAUCUUUUAUGUACUUUCUCAGAAUAAGCGUAUUGUUAGAGCUUAAUAAGAACUUCGUAUCUCAUUGAGUGUCGAAAAUGCGCGAAAGUAUUCAAUGAGGAAAUUAAACCCAAGGUUUAAUUUUGAUUCAUUUCAAGUUUUUUGUUUGGAUGGAAAAAAUAUGCCUUGAACGAUUUCCUUAUUAAACAUUUCAGGAAAAGAAAGCAUCGCAGCCAAAACAAGCACAGAAGGCUGCUAAGACAGUUAAAGCUCCCGCCCCUCGUGUUGGUGGAAAGCGUUAAGUUUUGUCGAUUUCUUGUUAUUGCAAAUAAAUAUUGUUACAUUAAAUGUAUUGAACAUUCGAAAUGAAAGAAAAGUUUGCAACUUCUGGUUUAUCUGUUGAAUCUCUACAGGCCUUUGGAGGUAACGUGAUUAUUAAGUUAUGGAGGAGGGAGUCAAUGUAAUUUGGUUGGAUUUUUCUUUCGUCGUUGCUGGUCUAUCCUUCUUGUUGAUUAUUUCUCUCUGGGAUGUUUCUUUUCCAUUAACACGGCUACAGACAUCAGUACUUGAACUGUCACUCAAGUCACGUUCUUCUUUGUACUGUCCGUUUGCUUUGACUAUUGGAGAUCAUCUGGGAGCGGAACACGUGUUUGGUUCGUGGGGGAAUUUUCGAAUUAACUUUUAAAUUCAAGUCAGCGGUGCCGCUUCGUCUUUCAAUCAACCGAACCUGAUAACCGAAAAAUUGAGUUAUCUUAUGUCAAAUAUGUAAGUAAAAGAAUGAAUACGUUUUACAAAGAAAUAAAUUAAUUCAGGAGUGUUGAUAGUAUGAAGAGCUACGUCUCAAAUCAAUUACGUGGGAACCAGAUUAUCUACGAAUUUUUAGAGGUAGAAAAAUAUUUGGUAAGGCGCUCAGCCCUUUUUAUUAUUUUUUUAUCGUUCAGGUUUUCUUUUUCUUAACAGUUGCUCUCGCAAUUUUAUUUCAACUUCUAGUUUUGAGUCCAAUGUCAAGCUUUUGCUGCGUCGAAGAAGGAAAGUCCGAAUACGAUAAACGCGAGAAAAUAUAUAAAAUAGAUAUGUACAGGUUGCGCAUUUAUCAAACAAAAUGAUUGAAAACAUUACGAGCUUUUUUCGAAUUUUGAAAUCUAAAAGAAAAAAUUUUUCAUCAAGAAAUGAAGGAAUUUCUCUAACAUUUAGUUGACAAUUUUUUUUACUUUGGCUUCAGAGGAUUUAUCGUAGAGCGGUCUAUAGUUAUUCUUUUCGUCAUUGUCAACGUUUACUCAGAUUCAAAAAGGUUCGAGCCCAGAACUUGAUUCAUAAAACUUGUGAAUCUGUUGCAGGGAGAUGAUUCGGAAUGAUUACGAUAGGGAAACAAAAGUACCAUCGGAUUCCGUUUUGUUCACAUUGUGGUUUCUCAUGGCCGGCAUGAUUCUCUCGACUGUGGCCAAUGCUAAUUUGAGUUUUGAUAAGGUAUAAUUAUGGAAAAAAUAUAUAGUUAAAAGAAAAGUCGUUUCCAAUUGCGGUAGAACAAAACUGUUGGAGAAUAUUCGUACCCAGAGGCGUAUUUGAAAAAAAAAAGGUGAUUGAUAUUGCAUUUGAAUUUUUCAAUCUUAGUUUUCAAUAUUUUUAAAGUUGAUCAAAUAGCGGUUUUGAUUGGUUUUUUGACCGCUCGAGUAGGUUUAGUAGAGGAGACGUCACUUGUUCUAAUGGAAAUAGAGACUGUUUGAUUGAGACUAACAUCAAUUAAGCGGAACUUUAAAUUUAUUUGAAAUGUUAAGCGGUCCCUCUUACGUGCACUGCCAGAGGUAAUCCUAAUCAAAUUUGAUAAAAUAUGCUUCAUGCGAUAUCGAACUCGUGAUCGCUUGACGCAGUUAGUCCAAGGAGUUUGAACGGAUCUUGACCAUUUCUAAUGUUUACGAACACAAAGACCUUCUUUUGUGGUCCAUAUAGUCUGUUCAGAUUUUGAAUGUCAAGUAGCUUAUUCCAUCCCGCGCGAUAAAACAUCGACGCGAAAAGAGAAUGUGCGAGCAGGGGCGGAGUUCGACAUUUAGAAUCUGAACAGACUAUAUUCUUCAAAUUUUCAUUCUGUUGAAAAAUACACGGGUUACAGACGUCCAGGUUUAUUUAUUCAUUUUUUUGUAAGAUCCGCUCAUUUUGAAAUUGUGCUGGUAAUAACUCAAGCUUUAUGUAUGUUUUCAAAGAUUUUUGAAAGGCUGAAUAAUUAAGAAAACGGCUUUUAAGUUAAGAUAGAAAAAAUCAGAAAAAAACUUGGAAGUUCCUCCUUGAAAAACGAGAAUCUGCUGACGAAAAAAAAAUUGCGACCAAACUACUUUUCUGAACUCGAACAAAGGUCACGUUGUUAGUUAGUUCUCAAUUCCUAAAAAAAAAACUGGUGAACGUUUUUGAAAUUAUUCAAAUUAGGCCGUACGUUUCGCAAAAAAACCGACUGAACUAUGCGGCUCAGUGGAGGUGAAGUCUCUGAUGGUUUUGCUGGUCGGCUCCUUCAUUUUCUCGACGUUCAUGUUUGCCGUCGCUAUUCUCACCGUCGAUUUAGUUCACAUCGCCUACGCCUCCUUGUUGAUCAUCGACGUAUCGGCAUUAAGAUUCACUGUAAAAUAUUCUGCUUUCAGGGCGCUUUGUGCUGGAUCCGUAGUUCUUUUGUGAUGUUGCGCGUGGCAUUGACGAUGAAUACUUUGAAGGAAGCUUCUUCAUUGGUCUCGAGAGAGGACUCAGUGAGAGCUACUCUGUUUAGAAAAUUACUUUGGAAAACCUCUUUUUCAAAGUUUUAUUGAAGAUCGUUUUUUUUCCCUUAAAAUAUUUUUUUCCUCUACCGGAUGUAGUUUUUUUUUGAGGUUGAGAACGUUUUGAAAGUCUCAGUUUGCAAAGCUUCCUUGUUGCCGAAAACGGACGCCUCAAACUCAAAGGAUUGAUUGGAUUGCAACUUUGAGCUCAUCUCGGAAUCUCCCCAACCGACAUAAAAACUAAUUUUAUUCUAGAAAGGUUCUCCAAAAGCCUUUUUGAAGACAGAAGCCGAAGAAUCGGAAUCGGAACGUCGAAGACGACGAGAAUACUUCGUCAAUGGCGGAAGAUUCGAUGAAAGUCUUCUGAGCUUGGAAUCGACCUCCAGCUUGGCCAUCAACAUUCUUCGCGCUGUACAGUACGCUAUUUUUUUGGUCAGUUGGUUUUGAGAACGGCAUGUUUUGAGAGGUUUGGAAUAUUGGAUCAGGAUGAAGAGAAACUUUUACAUUUGAAUUCUUGGAAACUCACUACUUAUGCCACGAAAAAGAAGUCUUACCAUAGUUUCGGUUCAAAAAAUUUUUUUAAAGUUGUAAAAACAAUGGAAAUUUCACAAAGGCUUUACGUUUCUAUGACAGUUUCAGCAUAACUUGAUUGGGAAAUAAGAAAUUUCUGGAAGUAAUUUACAAAAACAUUAACCUUAUCACGUGAUAAAACUAAAAAUAUUAAGAAUGUUCUAGCACCUCACAGCUCACAGUUAGUUCAAUCUAAUUACACGCGAAAAAACUUUUUUGGGCAUCUUUUUUGUACUUCUCAUCAUGAUUUUUUUUUUCACUUUUGCACAAUAAUAAAUUUCUUAUAAAAGUCGAUUUUGACCUUUUAAUUUUUCAGUUUUUCGGUUGCGGAAUCAACGGUAAAUUGAUUCCUUUGGUUUUCGCUCCGCGAAUCGGGCAUCACCUAAGGAAAUCGAUCAGGAUAUGUAAGGUGAAAAAUUAUAACUUGAGUUGUUUCAUUGACUGACUUGCGGCUUUAGUUCGGGAGUUCUCAGCAUUCGCUCAUUAAAUUUCAUACUUUACCAUGA